CCCUCCCGCGUUCCCGGUGUCCCUGCGGCGCGUCCCCGACGCCCUGCAUAUAUACGCAGGUGCGCCGCACCUGUCCGCCCGCACCUGGCCGCUCCCCGCCCAGCCGCUUCCUCCGCGCGCCGCAGCCUCUUGCCACCAGGCCGGGACACCUGGGGACUGCGCCCAAGCAGGGAGCGCCGGAGAACCGCCUGGCCUUCGGGGACUGCUUUGUCUGAGCCAGCCCUUCGGGCGCAGCCUGCCCGUCCGCCGUGAAACCGUCGCUCCACCGAGGGGUCGAUUGUGUUUACUUCGAGUGACAAGAUUUACAGUCACCCAGCCAAAAACUUUGUUGUCUCUUUGGGGGACGUAAAAGCACCCCACGCUGUCGUUAGUGGGGCUGCCCCCGCCCACAUUUUGUUUUACUGUAGGGUCGCCUGCUCGGCGUCCCGUCUUUUCUGAGGGCGGAAAUGGCCAAUUCGGGCCUGCAGCUGCUGGGCUUUUCUCUAGCGGUGCUGGGCUGGGUGGGCCUGGUGGCGAGCACUGCCAUCCCACAGUGGCAGAUGAGCUCGUACGCGGGCGACAACAUCAUCACGGCUCAGGCCAUGUACAAGGGGCUGUGGAUGGAGUGCGUCACCCAGAGCACCGGGUUGAUGUCCUGCAAGAUGUACGAGUCGGUGCUCGCCCUGCCCGCGACAAUACAAGCCACUCGAGCCUUAAUGGUGGUGUCCCUAGUCCUGGGCUUCCUGGCCAUGCUAGCAUCCACCGUGGGUAUGAAGUGCACCCGCUGUGGGGGAGAUGACAAGGUGAAGAAGGCCCGCAUAGCCAUGACUGGAGGCAUCGUUUUCAUCGUGGGAGGUCUUGCCUCCCUGGUAGCAUGCGCCUGGUGUACUCAUCAGAUUGUCACAGACUUUUAUAACCCUUAUACUCCUGUGAAUUCUAAGUACGAGUUUGGUUCUGCCAUCUUUAUUGGCUGGGCAGGGUCUGCUUUGACCAUCCUGGGGGGUGCACUGCUCUCAUGCUCCUGUCCUGUGCGUGACAGCAAAGCUUCCUACCGUGCUCCCCAGUCCUACCCCAAGUCUGCCUCUGCCAAAGAAUAUGUGUGAGCUGGGGUUCCGUGCUCCAGCGUGACAGGCUGUGGGUGUGCCCAGAUGCCCUCUUCAAUCUGGGGUAGAGGGAUCAGCCUGUGGGCAGGGUGUGGGACAAAGGCCUUCAGGUCAGUCCUUCCCUGCACACCAUGUAUAUUUCUGGGGGGUAGGCUAGGGGUGAAACAAAGGAGGGUAUGCUUUUUGUACAGUAAUAAAAAAUACAUUUUGGAAAAUAG